UCCUGCAUUGCAGGUUCCGUACCGUGUAGAGAUCUGUGUUCACAAAAUUCUGUCAAUAAAAUGUCAGUAAUGAGGAUGAGGGCAGUGAGGUGUCCCACAGAUGAACUCAGUCUCUGUAAUUGUGCUAUAAUUAAUCCAGAUGACUUCCCAGAUGAUGUCAGGCAUAUCGAAGUUAUUACUGAACAAAAUCAUUUUGUAUUUACUGUAAAAAGACAUCGUGAAGUACCUAGGGGAACUGUGGGUUUUAGUUUACCUCAGCGAAGAUGGGCUACUCUUUCCCUCAAUCAAGAUAUUGAAGUUAAACCUUAUCACUUCAAUCCCACUUCAAGCACAGAAUGUUUAUGCAAUAUUGUACUAGAAGCAGACUUUUUACAAAAAAAGUCUACUUCUUUGGAACCAUAUAAUACUGAUGAAAUGGCCAAGGACUUCUUAUUGCAAUUUUCGGGACAGGCAUUCACCGUGGGUCAGCAGUUGGUGUUUCAAUUUAAAGACAAGAGAAUGCUUGGUCUUGUGGUAAAAAGUUUGGAAGCUGCUGAUCUCUCUGCUAUAAGUUCUGGACAAAAUACAGUUCCUAAAAAGACACAAAUGGGACGAUGUUUGGGCGAUACUGUAAUACAGUUUGAAAAAGCAGAUAAUUCAAGUUUGAAUCUUAUUGGUAAAGCAAAAGGAAAAGUUGUUCGUCAGUCGAUUAUAAAUCCCGAUUGGGACUUCCAAAAAAUGGGAAUUGGUGGACUGGAUAAGGAGUUUAGCGCAAUUUUUCGAAGAGCAUUUGCGUCCCGUGUCUUUCCACCAGAGAUUGUUACUCAAUUAGGUUGUAAACAUGUGAAAGGAAUUUUACUUUACGGUCCACCAGGUACAGGUAAAACAUUAAUGGCACGACAGAUAGGGACUAUGUUAAAUGCCAGGGAACCUAAAAUCGUCAACGGCCCCCAGAUUUUGGAUAAAUAUGUUGGAGAAAGUGAAGCUAAUAUUAGAAGAUUAUUUGCAGAAGCUGAAGACGAAGAAAAAAGGCUUGGCCCAAACAGUGGAUUACACAUAAUUAUAUUUGACGAGAUCGAUGCUAUUUGUAAAUCCCGAGGCAGUGUUGCUGGAAAUACAGGAGUACAUGAUACUGUUGUGAAUCAGCUGCUUGCAAAAAUUGAUGGCGUAGAGCAAUUAAAUAAUAUUCUUGUUAUUGGUAUGACUAAUAGAAGAGAUAUGAUUGACGAAGCACUGUUACGACCUGGUAGAUUAGAGGUACAAAUGGAAAUCAGUUUACCAGAUGAACAUGGUAGAUUCCAAAUCCUUAAUAUUCAUACAUCCAGAAUGAGAGACUAUAAGAAGAUAGCACCUGAUGUUGAUUUGAAAGAAUUAGCUACUAAAACUAAAAAUUUCAGUGGUGCAGAAUUGGAAGGUUUAGUUAGAGCUGCGCAAAGUACUGCUAUGAACAGAUUAAUCAAAGCCUCUAGCAAAGUGGAAGUGGAUCCUGCUGCAAUGGAAAAGCUUAUGGUUUCUAGAACUGAUUUCUUUCAUGCUUUAGAAAAUGAUGUUAAACCUGCGUUUGGUACCAGUGCAGAAGCUUUGGAUCAUCUUCUUACACGCGGUAUUAUUAAUUGGGGUAAACCAGUGGCAGAAAUUUUGUCCGAUGGUAGUCUCUACAUUCAAGAAGCUCGCUCUACUGAAGGUUCCGGUCUUGUAUCAGUUCUUAUAGAAGGACCACCAAAUAGUGGAAAAACAGCUCUUGCUGCUCAAAUAGCUAAAAAUUCCGAUUUUCCAUUUAUUAAAGUAUGCACACCAGAGGACAUGGUUGGUUUUACUGAACCCGCAAAAUGUCUUUCUAUCCGAAAGAUAUUUGACGAUGCAUAUCGCUCGCAACUUAGUUGCAUUUUAGUUGAUAAUAUCGAGCGUUUGUUAGAUUACGGUCCAAUUGGACCACGAUACUCUAACUUAACUUUGCAAGCACUCUUAGUUUUAUUGAAAAAACAACCACCACGUGGCCGCAAAUUAUUAAUACUCUGCACUACAAGUCGCAGGCAAGUUCUGGAUGAUAUGGAAAUGUUAUCAGCAUUUAGUACAACUCUCCAUGUACCCAAUCUGUCAACUCCUGAUCAUCUCUUGAAUGUUGUAGAAGAAGUAGAUCUCUUUAAUAAAGACGAAAUGGCAUAUUUACAUGCUAAACUUCAAGGAAAACGAGUAUUUAUCGGCAUAAAGAAGUUACUAUGCCUAAUAGAUAUGGCACGCCAAGUUGAAUCAAACUACAGAGUGGCAAAAUUCCUUUCAAAGCUAGAAGAGGAAGGCGGAUUAGAGUAAUAAAUGUUUAAUUUAAAACCAUAAUUGUUUAUGUAGAAAUGAAUUAGACGUUGUUUAAUGAAAAUCAAUACAUAGUGCGUAAGUACUUAACCAAUUUGCAUUUAAAUGCACUUAAACGUAAGUGAGUUGAAGAAAAUCACGUUGUUAAAAACUAUAUACAUGUCAUAGGAGGAGAUAAGUAAAGCAUUUGAAUAAUUUAUAAACAUUAUAAAGUAUAUUUUAUAAUAUUUUACUUAGAAAAAAUGACAUUUCUUUUAAGUAAGUUUAGAAAAUAAUUUAAAAAAUCAAAGAAUACAGUAUUUAUUUUCCUUUUAAUUAUGCAGAACUUUAUGUAUUUUUACGUGAUAAGUUACUAUAAAUAGCUUGACAUUUUCAAAGGGAUUUUAUAAUUCAAAAAACAAUUCUAUGACAAAUGUACAGUCAAAAUGUAAAAAAGAGAAAAUAUAAUAGCUGAAAGAUUAAAAUUUCUGUUAGAAAAGAAGAUAGAAUUAAAUAUUUACAAUGCAUUUUUUUUAUAAAAUAAAUUUCAAAUUGUUAUUUUACUAUGGAAGCUUUCAAACUUUCAUUAUGUUCAAUGCAAUGGCAAUAUACUGGGUAUUCCUGGAUAGCAUGUCCAAGUGAGCGGGAGGUGAUUCCUUGUGCAAGAAUAAGAGAAACAAAAAGAAUAAAAUUUAUUUUAUUUCGGUUUAGUUUUCAAAAUAAUCAAGUUUGAAAAUUCACUCUGUGACGUAGUGUCUACCAUGUUUAUAAACAAUGUUCUACGACUUUUGAUAUGCUACUCAAAUCGUCGGUUCAUUGUAGACAUUAGAUUUCCUGUUUUCGUAGGAUCCGCUAUCGGAAAAUGAUACAAAAAAAUGCAAAGAAAUCUUUUGGAAAAUGGUUGUUGAAAGCUAUACACAUGUCAACUUCAACGACCACUACAAGACUGUAGAAGUAUUCGUCAGCGAAAGCGAGGUAAUCAAUUUCAGCAAUUCUGUAAUUAAUAUUAUUAAACGAUGAAAUUAAUUCGUUUUUAAUUUUUUUUUUAAUGUAGUAAUUCGUAAAUAUUCUGUAAACAUUGUUUACAAGCACGGUAAACGCUAUAGUCGUCAGUGCGUAUAAAACAGAGCGAAUUUUCAAACUUGAUUAUUUCGAAAAGUAAACUGAAAUGAAAAAAAUUUUAUUCUUUUUAUUUUUCUUAUUUUCCCAUAAGGAAUCACCUUCCGUUUGCUUGUACACGUUAUUCGGGAACACCUUGUAUGUAUGUAAAAUAGAUACGCAUUUCUCGUCUGUGUAGAUACAAAACUUAUUUCUACAAGUUGCAGAAAAUAGCUUCCUUUACUUUUAAUUUAUUAUUAUGUUUCACAGUAAUAUAUUAGUUCUAUAUUAGUAAUAAAAACUUUUUAAUAAUAGUUACAAUAGUAAACACAUUUAUUUGUCAGAUAAAUUUACAUUAUACAUACUGUAAACAUGUAUUUUUAUGCCCCCAUUUGGAUGUAAUGUACAUCCAUAUAACUAUCUACUGUGUGUAUAUUAGAAGUGGGCGGGUACCUAAGCCUCGGGUCGGGUUUAACGUGACUCGAAAAAUACUCGACCCGACCCGAACCCGAAAUGUCGAGAACCUGCCCACCCCUAGUGUCUAUUACUAUUUCAAAAGUUUAUUGCAAUUCUUGUUGAAAAUGAAUGUAUGUACUUGAUUGUUUGAUGUUUGUUAAUAGUU